AACUUGCGUUCGCAGACGCUGGGAGUAGAAUGGCCGGAGCCGCGACUAUGGAUUCUUCAACUUCUUCCAUCAUGUCCGCCCUGGCGAAUGAGCUGAUCCUCGACCGGGACCCGCGCACCGCCAACUGGGUCCUCGCCGGGAACAGAGAGUUCCUCAUCUCCUUGUUCAUGGUCUACGUCUACGUGGUCAAGGUGGGCGGACCCCGAUAUAUGAAGGACCGCAAGCCGUACGACGGCAUUAAGCCGAUCGUCAACAUCUACAACGCCUGCAUGGUGGUGCUCAACGCCUACUUCAUGACUGCCUUCCUGGCCAGGACCUACAUGGGUGGCGGCUACACCCUCUUCUGCCAGGGCAUCGACUACGAGGCUCGAGACGAGGUCACCAUGAGCCUUCUCAACCUCAUCUGGUGGUACACGCUGGUGAGGAUCGCCGACUUCAUGGACACGGUGUUCUUCGUCCUGCGCAAGAAGGACUCGCACGUCUCGUUCCUGCACGUGGCGCACCACAUUCUGGUGGUGUUCAACGGCUGCUACGGCGUCGGCUACGGCCCGGACGGCCAGGCGGCACUGACCAUUGUACUCAACUGCUUCGUCCACGUAAUCAUGUACACUUACUACUUCCUGUCCAUGCUGGGACCCGCAGUGCAGAAGCACCUCUGGUGGAAGCGUUACCUGACGCAGGUGCAGCUGGUCCAGUUCUGCAUCAUAUUCGUGCACAUGCUGGUUCCGCUCUUCUACAGCUGCGGUUACCCCAGGCCGCACAUCUACGUCAUGCUGUGCGAGGCAGUUUUCUUCUUCACCAUGUUCGUACGCUUCUACCUCAAGGCUUACCGGGACAGGCAAAGCACCAGCAGGAAAAUCGAGGAUAGCGAUCACGCCAAGAGCAAGGUUCACUGAAAGUGUUAGGUUAGUCAAUUCUGUGAUACGAGCAAGGACUCUGCAAGUGUCACCGUAGCUAACCCAUAGUCGAUGUGCACCGGUCGAGCGUUCGAAAAAAGUUGGUCUGUACAAAAUGGCCAGGUUUUUGUUUUUCCUGUAUUCUUUAAACUGAACCUCAGGU